UUGGUUAUCUGGAAAAUGACACCAACGUUCAUUUGGCGUUGCCUUGUCUUGGGUAUCAGUCACAAAAUCAUACUCCCAGGAAAAACAGAGUUAAUGAUUUUUAUACGUAUCGAAUAGCUACCAUGUACCAGAUACUGUUGGGAUAGAUCAGUGCAGGAAAGCAGACAAAAAUCCACCCCUUUGUGGCAGAACAUUCUUGGAGCUCUCAAAAGUAAAUUGGAUUUAGUCUCCUAAGCACCCCAUCAGUGAGCUAUAUGCAUGGUAAACUGUUUCCCGUUAUGUAAGUGAAAGUUAUGCCAUGGAUGUGUUCUCUUCCUUACAAGCUGGAAGCCAGGUCUGAUGCCCAACAAUCUUAACAAAUGGGUAAAAAGGUAAAGAAGGAAGCAGAACCCCCUCCUAAGGAUGUGUUUGAUCCACUAACGAUUGAGAGCAAAAAAGCGGCAACUGUGGUGUUAAUGCUUAAUUCUCCAGAAGAAGAAAUUUUGGCUAAAGCAUGUGAAGCCAUUUAUAGAUUUGCUUUAAAAGGUGAAGAAAACAAAGCUACCCUCCUUGAACUUGGAGCUGUGGAACCUUUAACCAAGCUGCUCACCCAUGAAGACAAAAUUGUAAGAAGAAAUGCUACCAUGAUAUUUGGAAUCCUGGCUUCUAAUAACGAUGUUAAAAAAUUGUUAAGGGAACUAGAUGUCAUGAAUUCCGUCAUCGCUCAGCUUGCUCCAGAAGAGGAAGUGGUGAUUCAUGAGUUCGCCAGUCUUUGCCUGGCGAACAUGUCUGCGGAGUAUACCAGCAAAGUGCAAAUAUUGGAGCACGGCGGGUUAGAGCCACUCGUCAGACUGCUGGCCAGCCCAGACCCUGACGUGAAGAAGAACUCUGUUGAGUGCAUUUACAACUUGACCCAGGAUUUUCAGUGUCGAGCUGCACUUCAAGAACUAAAUGCAAUCCCCCCUAUAUUGGAUCUCUUGAAGUCAGAAUAUCCAGUUAUUCAGUUGUUGGCUCUCAAAACCUUAGGUAUUAUUACAAAUGAUAAGGAGGCACGAACAACGCUGAGAGACAAUCAAGGAGUGGACCACCUUAUUAAAAUCCUAGAAACUAAGGAAUUGAAUGACCUUCAUAUAGAAGCUCUUUCCGUGAUAGCCAAUUGCCUUGAAGAUAUGGAUACUUUGGUGCUGAUUCAGCAGACCGGGGGUCUUAAGAAGCUCCUGUCCUUUGCAGAAAAUUCUACAAUUCCUGAUAUUCAGAAGAAUGCAGCAAAAGCAAUUACUAAAGCAGCUUAUGAUCCUGAAAAUAGAAAACUUUUUCACGAACAAGGGGUUGAAAAAUGCCUCGUAGCCCUUUUGGGCUCUGAAAACGACGGAACUAAAAUUGCCGCUUCCCAAGCGAUCUCGGCAAUGUGUGAGAAUACGGGCAGCAAGGAAUUUUUCAAUAACCAGGGGAUUCCACAGUUAAUCCUGCUGCUGAAGAGUGACAGUGAAGAAGUGAGGGAGGCCACCUCCCUGGCCCUGGCCAAUCUAACCACAUGCCAUCCCGCUAAUGCAAAGGCUGUUGCUGAAGCUGACGGUGUUGAUCCGUUAGUAAGCAUCCUGUCGAGCAGACGGGACGGAGCCGUCGCCAACGCGGCUACAGUGUUAGCGAACGUGGCAAUGCAGGAGCCUCUGCGCGCCGGCCUCCAGAGCCACGGCGUCCCGAGCGCCCUCCUGGGCCCGCUGCGUUCCGCGAACACGGUCGUGCAGAGCAAAGCGGCGCUCACCGUGGCCGCAACUGCGUGCGAUGUGGAGGCCCGGACAGAGUUAAGGAAUUCAGGUGGCCUGGAGCCGCUGGUCGAGCUCCUGCACUCGAAGCAUGAUGAAGUAAGAAGGCACGCCAGCUGGGCCGUGAUGGUCUGCGCCAAUGACGAGCUCACGGCUGUCGAACUUUGCAAGCUCGGGGCUUUAGAUAUCCUUGAAGAAGUUAAUCUAUCAGUAAGUCGAAAAAAUAAAUUCAGUGAGGCAGCUUAUAACAAAUUGCUCAACAACAACCUGUCUCUGAAAUAUAGCCUGACUGGCUACUUGUCAUCGAGUAACAUAAUUAGUGAUGGAUUCUAUGAUUACGGUCGGAUAAAUCCUGGCACCAAACUUUUGCCUUUGAAGGAUCUCUGCUUACAAGAACCGAGUGAUCAACGUGCUGUACUUUUAGUGAACAGUAAAUCAUCUGAUGUUUCUCCGCCUCCAUCUAUGGAAGAUAAAUCAUCAGAUGUUGGUUAUGGUCGGAGCAUUUCUUCUUCGUCUUCCUUUAGAAGAGCAAGCAAAGAAAAGACCAAAAAAAAUAGUUAUCAUUUUAGUACCGGAUUUGGAUCUCCCACAGAAGAGAAAUCCGAGCCUCCUUCUGGACGAAAUACUGCUCUUAGCAAAGGCACCACAAAAGAAAGAGGAUCAAGGAAAGGCCGAGGGAAAAAAGAGGAGGAAAAAGUGAAGGAGGAAGAAGAGGUUUCGACAUUACCAAAAUUGAUGGGAGAAGGAAGCCCCGAGAAAGAAUGGUAUCCUCCCUUCGAUCCUGACUUCCGUGUUUACGUGUAUGAAGUGACCAAAUCAAUAUUUCCCAUAACCAAUAUUAAGGAACAGAUUGAGGUCCUUGCAAGGUAUGUGGCAGAAAAAAUGGGUGGUAAAAUGUCAAAGGAGAAACUCCAUAAUUUCAGCUGGGAACUCCAUAUCAGUGAACUAAAAUUUCAACUUAAAUCCAAUGUUGUGCCAAUUGGACAGAUCAAAAAAGGAAUCUUCUAUCAUCGAGCGUUGCUUUUCAAGGCUCUGGCUGAUAAAAUUGGCAUCGGCUGCUCUCUGGUUCGUGGGGAGUAUGGCAGAGCUUGGAAUGAAGUUCAGUUGAUGAAUGAAUCUCGUAAGGGACUGAUCGGGGCUCUCCCUCCUCCUGAGGUCUACAUAGUUGACCUCAUGUUCCAUCCAGGCGGGCUGAUGAAGUUAAGGAGUAGAGAGGCAGAUCUUUACAGAUACCUCUAAACGAUCAAAUGACCAAACAGGGAUUCACCGGAGAAGUUCAUUAGAUACGCUUUCUCUGAAGUUCACCAAUUGGUUUUAUUUCUUUAAAUAAAAGUAUGAGAAAUGUU